CAAUUUUGAUAGGAAGCCUGGCGUAACUUUCAAAUAGCCACCUUAGUUCAUGCUAGCGCGCUCGCCAAGCAUUGCUAUCAAUCCACAUAGCGCUCUGUGCGCUUUUUCAAAAUUUCUACAUCGUUUUUGUAGCUUUUCCCAUUAAAGAAUAGUUCGUCUUUUUUAUCAGUGCAGUGCCCUUAAGUGAUACAACAUGACUAGGAUUAAUAUGUUUAGCUUAAUUGGAUGCUUACUUUAUUUACUACAUUUCGCAUAUGCCACUCUAAUAAUGAACGAAAUCGUCGGUCCAGACUCGGUGGAAAGCGGUUCAACAGAUGAACUGAUCUUAGAUUGUGACUUUGAAGCCAACGGCGAAGAGGAUGUGGUUCUCAAAUGGUUUUACAAUGGGAUGGAAGAUCAAAUUUACCAGUGGAUUGCUCUGAACAAGAACGCCUACGCUAUGGGAUCUUUAAAAGAUCUCAUUGACCCCACAUAUAAAGUUUCUGAUGAUCCCAAUUCAAUGAUGCGUGCUCUGAGGUUUAAAGAUGUGGAUUCAGCACUCUCGGGAAAUUAUACGUGCAAAGUGGAUACAGCAGAUGAGGUCAAAUGGCUCACGAAACAAGUGAUUGUUUAUUCUCCAGCCACAUCAUUUCAGAUAUUUCUUUUUGGUGUAGAAGACCAGUUUCAAGGAGACGAAGUUGUGCUAUGCGAAGCAACCAAUAUUUCACCCAGACCGGAUUUUUCUUUGCACGUUUCGGGCAGUAACGGUUCUUUGGACGACUUGGAGCUGUUCAACCCCAUCAGAGAGGAAAUUCCCAAUGAGGACGACUCCUACAAUGUAUCGAUUCGGAUUUCAUUCAAUUCUAGUUAUCUGGAACCAGGAACAACGAAGUUUAGCUGUUUGCUCAGUAUACCGGGAACAAACUAUUCAGAUACCAGGUCAAUGGAGCAUUUUGUCGACUAUGAGGAAGAACCCUCCCCCUUUGAGCUGUUGAAUGAGGAGUACGCAAGUUUUAAUUACCCAUCUAACUUCACAGAGGAAAGUCCUAGUGAAGAUAUAGAGAAUGGAAGCAAUCGCAUAAACUCCGUGGUUCUACUUGGGUGUACUUUAAUGUUCUCGCUGCUUCUGACCACGUGAGCCAUCUGUGAUAAACCUAGACAUAAAUUAAAUAGGUUCCAAAAGCUAAUAAUUUAUUACUGAAAUCACACUUAAACAGUUUCAGAUGAAGUUAUUAAAUGUGUAUAAAAAACUGUACAAAAUGUACAUACAAAUUUGACAUAUUUAUUAUUGAUUAAUGAACUUAUUAUUGUACAGUUGCAUUGUUUAAUACCAAAAAAAUUACCAAAGCUAAUGUUAAAUAUGUUGUAUAAUGUAAAUAUUAUGUUUAUUUUUGUAACUUCUAGUCUAACAAUAUUGCAUUAAAUUUGUUACUUACUCAA